AUGGAGCAAGUUAUGGAGAAAAAAUAUCCUUUGUGUGCUAAAGAUUACAAGUUGUAUGAAGAGGUUGGGGAAGGGGUCAGUGCCACUGUACAUAGGGCCCUCUGUGUUCCUCUCAAUGAGAUUGUAGCAAUUAAGGUCCUUGAUCUGGAGAAGUGCAACAACGACCUGGAUGGCAUUCGACGUGAGGUACAGACAAUGAGUUUGAUUGAUCAUCCAAAUGUGCUACGUUCGCAUUGCUCGUUUACUGCUGGCCAUAGCCUUUGGGUUGUGAUGCCGUACAUGGCUGGAGGUUCGUGCCUUCAUAUAAUGAAAUCUUCUUAUCCAGAAGGUUUUGAAGAGCCUGUUAUUGCCACAUUAUUGCGGGAGACUCUCAGAGCUCUUGUCUAUCUUCAUUCCCAUGGGUUCAUACAUCGAGAUGUUAAGGCUGGCAACAUUUUAAUUGAUUCUAAUGGUUCCGUUAAGCUAGCCGACUUUGGAGUUUCAGCAUGCAUGUUUGAUACUGGAGAUAGGCAGCGCUCGAGAAAUACUUUUGUAGGAACUCCAUGCUGGAUGGCUCCUGAAGUUAUGCAGCAGUUGCAUGGCUAUGAUUUUAAAGCAGACAUUUGGUCAUUUGGAAUUACAGCUCUUGAACUUGCUCAUGGCCAUGCACCUUUCUCCAAGUACCCGCCGAUGAAAGUUUUGCUGAUGACCUUACAGAAUGCUCCUCCAGGUCUGGACUAUGAAAGAGACAAAAGAUUUUCAAAGUCAUUUAAAGAGUUGGUCGCUGCUUGCUUAGUGAAGGAUCCAAAGAAACGCCCCACCUCGGAAAAGCUCUUGAAACACCAUUUUUUCAAACAUGCACGCUCAGUUGACUAUCUUGCCCGUUCCAUUCUUGACGGACUUUCACCAUUAGGAGAACGUUUCAGGAUACUGAAGGCCAAAGAAGCUGAUCUUCUGGUGAACAAGCCACUAUAUGAGGAUAAAGAGCAUUUAUCUCAGCAAGAGUACAUAAGAGGGAUCAGUGCCUGGAAUUUCAACCUUGAGGAUUUGAAAAACCAGGCUGCUCUUAUACAGGAUGAUGAUGGUAACAUCGAAGAGAAAGGUAUUAUUGGAAAACAAACAGACAGACAGGAAAACGAGUUUCUAGAUGGCAAUCCAUCUAUAAAUGCAGCUGACCACAUGACACCUACAAUUAAUGAGGAUGGAAUUGAUGAUAUUCCUGAUUUGGAAAGUUCACUGGAUGUGUUUCCCAUGAAGCCUCUGCAAGCUCUAAAGGGUUGUUUUGACGUUGGUGAGGAUGAUGAGGAUGCCACCACGCCUACUCUUAAAUGUAAUGGUGAAGUAGAAUACGAGCAGCAGGAACAUGUAUUUAUGAGGCCAACUACAACAGAAAAAGACUUUGAAAGCAAUGGAGUUCAGAAAUAUGGACGGACUAGCUCCUUACCACGCCAUGUCAGUAAUGAGAACAAAAAGUUUUUGAGUGGACCAAUUUUAGCAGAUAGCAGUCAUGCUGAGGCGAGGUCUACAAGUGAGGAAAACAGGGAUGUCCAAAAGCCAAGGUACCAAUCUGAUCGAAACUAUAGUGGCACUUUACUAUACCGGCAGAAGAGAGAUACCAACAAUAUGUCAUCAGUAGAGGAUGCAGCAGAUGGAGCCAUUGUCCAGCGCAAGGGACGGUUUAAGGUUACUUCUGCUGAUCUCAGUCCUAAGGGUCCCACAAAUUGUUAUUUCAAUCCAGCUGCUUCUCAAGGGUCAACUAGUCCACCAUCAUCCAACCUAAUAGCUGCCUCAGUUCUCCCUACACUGCAGUGCAUCUUGCAGCAGAAUGUCAUGCAACGGGACGAAAUCAUGAAACUGAUCAAGUCUGUGGAGCACUCCUCCGCCAAGCAUGGUGAGUCCGUUGAGGCUGCCUCAAAUGAACUUUUGCAGUUAUCUCCGAGGGAGAGGGAGCUACAGGCCCAGGUGUUUGGCCUGCAACAGAGGAUCGCAAGCCUCUUCGACGAAUUGCAGAAGCAAAAGAUGAUGAACAAUCAGCUGGAACGACAAUUGAGUUGUUCAACUAACAAGGAAAGACGAUAA